AUGUCUGCUCCUGACGCAUCCCAAAUCACUGAGUCUUUGGACAACUUGAACCUUGACUCUAACGCCCCUGCCCAGACCGAGGCCACCGAGGCUUCUGCUCAGGGUGAAGGUGAGGCUGUGGCCGACACCUCGGCCUCUUUGUACGUGGGUGAGUUGAACCCAUCUGUCUCUGAGGCUGCUCUUUUCGAAAUCUUCUCCCCAUUGGGUCAGGUUUCUUCCAUCAGAGUUUGCCGUGACGCUGUUUCCAAGAAGUCCUUGGGUUACGCGUACGUGAACUACCACAAGCACGAGGAUGGAGAGCGUGCUUUGGACGAGUUGAACUACUCGCUCAUUGAGGGCAGACCAUGCCGUAUUAUGUGGUCCCAGAGAGACCCAGCCUUGAGAAGAAACGGUGACGGCAACAUCUUCAUCAAGAACUUGCACCCUGACAUCGACAACAAGGCUUUGCACGACACCUUCUCUGCUUUCGGUCGUGUCUUGUCUUGUAAGGUUGCCACCGAUGAGGCUGGUAACUCCAAGGGUUUCGGUUUCGUUCACUACGAGACCGCUGAGGCUGCCGAGGCUGCCAUUGAGAACGUCAAUGGUAUGUCCUUGAACGACCGUGAGGUGUACGUGGGCAAGCACUUCACCAGAAAGGACCGUGAGUCUUACUUUGAGGAGUUGAAGGCUAACUUCACCAACGUGUUCGUCAAGAACUUUGGUCCUGAGUACACCGAGGACGAGUUGAAGAACUUGUUCUCUACUUACGGUAACAUCACCUCCGUCCACUUUGAGAAGGACAACGAGGGUAAGUCCAAGGGCUUCGGUUUCGUCAACUUCGAGGCUCACGACUCUGCCGUCAAGGCUGUUGAGGAGCUCAACGACAAGGAGAUCAACGGUCAGAAGAUCUACGUCGGCAGAGCCCAGAAGAAGAGAGAGAGAAUGGAGGAGUUGAAGAAGCAGUACGAGUCUACUCGUUUGGAGAAGUUGUCCAAGUACCAGGGUGUCAACUUGUUCGUCAAGAACUUGGACGACAGCCUCACCUCCGAGCAGUUGGAGGAGGAGUUCAAGCCUUUCGGUACUAUCACCUCUGCCAAGGUUAUGGUUGACGAUGCCGGUAAGUCCAAGGGCUUCGGUUUCGUGUGCUUCUCCACCCCAGAGGAGGCCACCAAGGCUAUCACCGAGAUGAACCAGCGUAUCAUCCUCGGCAAGCCUUUGUACGUUGCUCUUGCCCAGCGUAAGGAGGUCAGAAGAUCCCAGAUGGAGCAGCAGAUCCACGCUCGUAACCAGAUGAGAAUGCAGAACGCUGCCGCUGGUGGUAUGCCAGGUCAGUUCAUGCCUCCUAUGUUCUACGGCCAGCAGCCAGGUUUCUUCCCUGGUAACGGCAGAGGUGGCAACGGUCCAUUCCCACCAAACCCUCAGAUGAUGAUGCCAAGAGGUCAGAUGCCUCCUCCUCAGGGUCAGUGGCCAAGAGCUGGUCCAAACGGCCAGCCAGUGCCUAUGUACGGCAUGCCACCAAUGUACGGUGGUGAGUUCCAGGGUCCUAACGGCCGUCAGCAGAGAGGUGGUUUCCCACCUCAGCGUGGCCAGAAGGGUGGUCCUAACAAGGCCAGAGACUUGGCUGCCAUCAUUGCCUCUGCUCCAGCUGAGCAGCAGAAGAGAAUCUUGGGUGAGGAAUUGUACCCUAAGAUUGUCUCCACCGGUAAGGCCGACGAGCCUGAGGCCGCUGGUAAGAUCACCGGUAUGAUGUUGGACUUGGAGAACCAGGAGAUCUUGGCUUUGUUGGAGGACGACGAGUUGUUUAGCACCCACUUUGAGGAUGCCUUGACCGCUUACGAGGACUACAAGAAGUCUUCUGAGGAGGCCACCGAGGCCUAG